CAAAGAAAUAAAUAAAAACACUCUGCGUGAGGCCCUCCCAUUUUUAUUCUGGAAGCCUCAUGACGUAACGACGUCGUGCGCUACGUUCGCAAGUCAAGAUGGCGCUGUCCUGAGCAGUCAACUCCUCUGCUUGAAUUUAACUAUUAUUUUGUAGAGCUUUCAGAAAGUACAUAAAGAUGCCAGAGGUACUGAACCUCAGUAAUGAGGUGGUCAAGAUGAGGCCGGAGGUUAAAAGGGUGAAGGUGCUCCUCAUCCGGAAACUCGCCCGUCAGAUCUCAGCCCUGGAGAAGAAGAAAGGAAAUGAGGCAGACGUGGAGAAGUUCCGCAGGCGAGCGGCGAGGCUUCGGGAGGAGAUCCAUGAGCUGAAAGUUGUUGUGCCUGACAGCGUCACCAAGGCCGCCUUACAGAAGGACAUCAGCUUUGACAAAGUGUGCCGGAAUAAAGAGGCCAGCCUAUCCGAGCGGGCCACCGCCCGCAUCGCCACACAUCCACAGUUCAGCAAGAGAAUUCAGAGCAUAAAAUCAGCCAUCAAAGCUUUCAAAGAUGAGAGAAUAAAUGCAAGAAAAGCAGUAAAACAAGGAAAAGACAAUGCAGAAAGUGUCAAGUCGCAAGAUCAGCCACAAGCGGAUGAUGAUGAUGAUGAGGAUGUUGGUUCAGAGAAAUCAAACAAUGAUAAUGAGAAACUGACAGAGGAGGAGGGUGACAAAAACACUGAUGAACAGCAAGAGGAGAUUGAUGGUUCCUCACAAGAGAGCCAGAAGAUGAGUCUGGAGACAUUAAAAGAACAGACCAAUCCAUGCCAGAAGGAAGAAACAUUAACAGUUGAGGACUCAUCUGAAACAGUGGCCGUCCCAAUGGAGGUGAUCAGGAUGAGGAAGGAAGUGAAGAGGACGAGGGUGCUGAUCAUCAGUAAAAUGGCAGAGCAAGUGGCUGCUCUGAAGAAGAAGAAGAAGGGUCAGGAAACCGAGGAGAAGGAAAGCCAAGAGAGAGCAGCCGGAAUCCUGAAAGAAAUCCAGGCUUUACGGAGUCUUAAACCAGAUCAGGUGACCAUGACGGCACUUCAGGAGAACGCUGAGCUUGAGAAGAUUUUACAGGACCCUCAGGCAAGCCCACUGGACAGAGCCGUCGCACGCAUCAUCACACAUUCCCGCUUCGUCAACAAGCUCCAGAAGGUCAAAGAAGCCAUCGAAGAAGAAAGAGCUAAGGCUGCGAAAGCUGAGCAGAGAAACACGGACAGACGGGACAUGCUGCAGUCCAAAAAUGAAGAUAAGGAACCAGAGGAUGACGACAACGAUGACAUCAAGGAGGAUGGUGACGUAGUAGAGGAAAAAUCAAAGAGUUUUUCCACUGAGAUCAAUAAGCCUGGUGUCAUAGAGCCAACCGAGAGUAAAGACCCUGAUGCUUUUGAAUUACAACCAUCCAAGAUCAUCACAACACCUUCAGAAAACUCCAAAGGGGUCGAAGUUGACUCUCAGAAUAUUGAGGUCAUGGCUCCAAAUAUCCAAAGUUCUCCUGAAAAGUCUUCAACUGUAAGCAGUACAAAGUCUACUCCGCCGAAGAACGUUAGUAAAGUAGUAGAGGAAACAUUGAAGACUUUUUCCACUGAGAUCCAUAAGUCUGGUGUUGUAGAGCCAACCGAGAGUAAAGACCCUGAUGCUUUUGAAUUACCACCAUCCAAGAUCAUCACAACACCUUCAGAAAACUCCAGAGGGGUCGAAGUUAAAUCACAGAAUGCAGAGGCCACGGCUCCAAAUGUCCAAAGUUCUCCUGAAAAGUCUUCAACUGUAAGCAGUACAAAGUCUACGCCGCCAAAGAACGUUGAUAAAGCAGACAAAGAAAUGAAGAUCAACUUAAUGUCACAAAAGAAACAAGACCUACCUGAGACCAAGAGGCUUGAGGCAGAUGAAGAGAGCGAUUUAUCAGAUGAGGAGGAAGAGAAGGAAUAUUUUGAUGACAGCACAGAAGAACGUUUCCGUAAGCAAUCGUCUCAGUCUGAAGACAGCGAAGAUGACGACUUUUUCCUGGGCAAAGUGAACAAAUUCAAGAAACGGAAAAGUAACCAAGGUAAAGUCGAGGAGAAAAAGAGUGAGCUUCAAAUACCUGACGAGGAGGCCACCGGCAAACCUCACGAGACAAACCUCGAAAAAUUCAAGUCUGUGUUUUGCUCAACUUUGUCCAAAUCCACCGUCUCCUCUCAGAAAGCAAAGUAUGGGUCUCCGUCUCACAGUGACGGGUCAAUACCUCCUCGAUUCCAGAACCAGAGGAAAGGUCUUGAGAGUAGGAUGAAAACAUCUCAAUAUAAAGGCCAAGACCAUGGCGCUGACAGGAGGAUGGUUCCUUUCAAACCUAACAGACAGACUUUUAAAGUUCCUGGACAAAGGCAAGCGGGACCGUCAGGGGCAGGGAGGGGAAGGUCACAGUUCGAGCAGUAUCAGAACCAGAAUCCCAGAGGUCCACCUGGAAGCAUGUCAAAUCCACCCCAGCAGUCCCUUCAUCCCUCAUGGGAGGCUAGCAGGAAAAGAAAAGAACAGCAGGCACAAAUCACAGCAUUCCAAGGGAAAAAGAUCCGAUUUGAUGAUGAUGAUUAAGAAAUGUCUGCUAAAGUUCAUUUAGUGCUUUCAUGUUUUGAUUAUAAUUCUUCCUGUUAAUUAAUAUAUUUAGUGAGAAUUUGUAUUAAAACACGGAGAUAAAACACAAUUGUUAUUUGUUUCUUUACAAUGAAGCGCUGUUAAAAG